AUGGAAGAAUACCUAUCGACGACGAUCAGCAAAUUGAAAUCCAACGAUUACAAUGAACUAACCAUAGUUCUUGGCAAUGAGAGUUGUGAUUUAGACUCCGCUGUAAGUGCUCUGGUGUACGCAGCGUUCCUUCACUGGCAGUACUCACAAAUAAAAUGUAAAGCAUGCACCGGGAAAUACAGAGACGAUAGCUACAAGGACGAUAUCUUCAUACCCAUCCUUGAUGUGACGAGGAAUGAUUAUCCUUUAAAGACAGAUGUUGUGUAUUGUUUGAAGAAACACAGCAUCAAUGAAAAAAAUCUGAUAUUCAGAGACGACUUCGACUUUCUUCAGUUAGUGUCCAAGAGUAAAGUGAGUGUGGUGUUGACCGACCACCACUUUCUGUGUCCGAGGUUCGAUUUCCUGUCUCCCUUCGUGACAGAGAUCAUCGAUCACCGGCCGGUAGUGAACGCGUCCUUCACUAACAUUCGCACCACAAUCGAGUUAGUAGGCUCGUGUUGCUCGCUCAUUACACACAGAGUGAGACACUUGGCUCACCUUAUGAAUAAAGACGGAGAGUUCUUCAACACGUACCCGGUCACCGCUGACAUGUUACACAGUGCAGGUAGACCGAAUAAUAGUAGAGUUCAAAAACUGCACAGGUCUAUUCUCACAUAUUCCGGUCUACCUGCACAGGUGGACCUCUCCAGUAGACCGUACCGCGUCAUCAUCUUGGACACAGUGAACUUCUCCAAGGACGUGAACAAGGGGACCCCCAGCGACGAAGACGCGGUGACAUAUCUGGAGCGACUCAUGAGGAUAGACGACUAUCACAAGGAGAGAUGUUCCAAGCUCCUGUCUCUCCUAUCAGCCCGUAGCGACGUGUCAUCCCUCAGUUCCUCCCAGUUGUUAAGGAAAGACCUCAAGAUACUAGGAGAUGUUCUUGUACCAAGCUUCCCCAUACUAGUCAAGGAGUUUCUCCAGCGGCCAGACAGCAUAUCAUCUGUCGUUGAAGCGUUAAAGACCAACCAGUGUACCGUAGCUGUAUUACUUGGUAUGGACUUGAAGAACGAGUUACAGAGGGACGGAGCGGUGAUAGGACUUACGAGAGAUAAGACGACACAGUUGUUCCAGUAUCUGUCAAGCUUCUCUCCGUCCCUGGGUCUAGUCAGCGGGUCCAUGAGUGAUGGAGUGUAUUUCACUCAAAGUAACCUGGCUGCGACCAGGAAACAAUACAUGACCAUACUAGCUAACUAUAUAGGAAAUAAAUAA